CAGGAAUGACUACAUAUGCAAGAGGUCGAUGCGUGUCAUGUACAAAUGAUAUGUAUGGUUACAAGUGUAUUAAUAAGUGCAGUUGCAAUCAAUUUCAUAGGUGUGACGCUGUAGUGGGGUGUAUUCUACAGACAAGCAUUCCAACGAUAUCUACUACAUAUACAGGAAUGACUGAACCAGUUUUAUUUUCAAAUGAAAGAGUCACUGCAACAGAAACAACAGUCACAAUGAAUGGUAAUUUAAACGAUGUCACAGGAACUUCAAAAGCUGACUGGAUGAUUUAUACACUUUGUAUUACUAGUUGUUUCAUUCUCACUGCCUUGUGCCACUUGUUUCGUACAUACAGAAAUCGACACGCCUUAAGCUUCGAAGCAGUAAAUGAAGAAGUGAUCUUAAAACCUUUAGAACUAACUUUAUAUAAUGACGACAUAUAUGAUGAAGUCGAUGAGAACUCAUUAACAUUUGUUACGACGGGAUCAAAUAUUCCAUCCCAAGCAUCUCAAAAUGAAACUAUUAACUUUGUUUUUAACGAAAGACACUCUAGUACAACAGAUAAUGGGAAUGAUGAAGUUGGAUAUCUUGAUCUGUAUUUCACAAUGAAAGAAGACAAGAAUCGCCAAGUAGAAGUUCGAUCAUCGCAAACCGAAAGUCUUUCAACUAGUUCUUCCAAUUCAGACAUUGUUGUUCAAGAGAAUAUGGAAUAUCCUAAACCUUACAUACCACUUCAGCAAUAUUGCCAAGACGAUUCACAUUCGUGUAAAGUAGCUGUUAUGGUUCAUCAGAGUAUCAAACGUUCUCCAGGUAUUGAUGAUGAUGCUACAAGUAAUAUAUAUUCUAAUGUGUGUAUACCGCUGCAGAAAGACAGGCAAAUAAAAAGUCAGUCGAAUGAAAGUCGUCUCUCUUCAGACAGUAAGAUAGUACAUGAAACAACGCUGCCGUUUAUUAUUCCAUCGACAUUCAGAACAUGUUAUUUACAGGAUUGCAUAAACAUGUAUGCCGAAUCGGAGAAAACAAUUGAUGCUUGUGGCGCAAUUGACUCCUUCGAAGACAAAUCAAUUAAAAAGGAAAAAUCAAAGACAUUCUAACAUGACCCACUUCGUGAUGACUUUGAGUCUAAAGAUCAUUCAGUGAAAGAAUUUUUAAACAACCUUUUGUUAUCCAUAUAGUUGCAUAUAGUAGUUAAGAUGUCAGUGAUUUUGAAUCAUGUAAAAAAGCGAUUGCAAUUAUAUUUUAGACUGUCAAAUCAUUGUGCAAUUCGAUUAUGUUUAUAUUUUACAGGUAUUCAUAAAAUCGGAUGUUAAUCGAGUAAUCAAGGUUAAAAUUGUGGCACGGCCAAAUGAAUUUCUUGGAUUCCGAUAGGUUAAUUACACGGCACGAAAAAACUCAUAUCUCUGGCAUUGCUUAUCCAUUUAUUGGCUGUUUCUGUCAGUGCCA